UGGGAGCGCGCGCUUGGGCGUCUGUGCGGGAGCGGCCGCCGUUGAUCCUAUGCAUUCCAAAAUGAAACAGAAACUGCCUGCAGAAAAAUCAUCAGGAUCUCUGCAGAAAUACCUCACAGAUACCACAUGCACUGCUUCCCCAAGACGGACUCUUAAAAUGAUUCAGCCUUCAGCAGCAGGUAGCCUGGUUGGCAGAUAUAAUGAGAAGAAAUCUUCAGUCAAAAGGAAACUCUGGAAUAACAAGUUUGCCUCAAAGGCUUGUAAUGCUGAGGUGUCUGUGGACAAGGAGCAAGAAAAUGAGGAUGGUGUCAUUCAAGCUGUAGAUCUCAUGAUGAAAGGAAGUCCUUCACCUCAGUAUUGGAAAGAAGUGGCUGAAGAAAGGAGGAAGGCUCUGUAUGAAGUGCUUCAAGAAAAUGAAAAGUUGCACAAAGAAAUCGAACAGAAGGAUGGUGAAAUUGCCCGCCUAAAAGAAGAAAAUGAAGAACUCAUGUCUCUUGCUGAACAUGUGCAUUACAUGACCAGUGUGAUUGAGAGGCUAACUGGUCAAGGACCUGAGAAUCUUGAGACACUGGAGAAUCUGACUCUGGAGGAAUCCAGACGAAAAAAUGAAGAGCAUAACUGUGGAGAUGAGGAAGGGCUGUCACAAGUAUCAUCUGGCUUAGGGGAGAAUAGAUCAGAUCUUGCUUCAAAGGAAGCAAACCAUUUGCAACUGGAAUGACAGCCUUUAAAUAGGCUUAUGUAUGUGGCUUUUAAUUGCAGACUUCCUCUUAAAAGGAUAUACUACACCUUCUCAGGUAUAGACACUCUUGUGGAAGUGUUACAGGUGUUGGUAUUUUUAACUGGCAUUAUGUGGCAGUGGGAGUAUCUGGAUGCUGCAUGGAAAACUUACUACAGGCUGCACCUAGUUACUUGUAUGAAAUGCACAUACUGUGAAUUUCAACUGUUGUGUAAAUACCUUAUCUGACAUAAUUCAUGAACAUUGAUAAAUAAAUCUUUGCCUUA